AUGAAAGAACGGCAAGAAAACAUCAAAGGUGAUGGAGUCAGGAAAAUGGAAGUCAAAAAAAAUAAGGCGGAUAACGCACAUGUUUACUUCACACAGUCAAAAUCGGAAUCUAGUGCAGGCGAAAGACGUGUAUGUAAAUAUCGACAAGAAGUACAAGUUAUGGGAAGCUCAGUAAAAAUCACGAAACAAGUACCGCUCUAG